CCCGGGAUUACAAGACAAAACAAAAUCUAGAACGUUAUAAUUAUUGGACAGUUACAACCACGUUAACUUUCCGCUCGACACCGAAAUGUAAACACAAAAUAACUUCACAGUGCAUCCGUGUAUGAUCGAUUGUUUUGUUAAACGACCAUGCUAACAAGACUCUCAGAUGGAUUAAAAAAGGUCUUAUGCCAAUAAAGAUAUUGACGCAUAAACGAAGUGUAGGGGUCUAGUUACAUUUGUCGCGAAGUCUGUGGAGUAACCGGUGCAGUGUGGUGUGGAGGCAGUUGGUACGAGUCGGCGGCCGAGGGUGACCACGAGAAUACCAACGGAUUAAUGAACUAGAAUUGGAACGCGAUUUAGUGACGAGUGAAUCUGUUGAUCUGAAAUUACGUUAUUUUACAUGUUUCGGCGAUGAAUCCACGGGGCCAGCGUAAUUCUGAAGAAGUCGCUUUACGACGGCGUUCUGUGGAAAUCGGUGGCUAUUAUUACCGAAUAUCCCACCAAAUUGGCGACGAUCCGGAAGCACUCAAAGUAAACCCAACUCCAGAACUAACCACUUUUGGAGGCAUUAAAUUAGGAUGGGUGCAGGGUGUGUUGAUACCAUGUCUGCUGAACAUCUGGGGCGUGAUGCUGUUCCUGCGUAUCUCGUGGAUCGUGGCGCAGGCCGGGAUCGCGUAUUCCGUCGUCAUCAUCUUCAUCUCUGGCGUAGUCUGCGUCAUCACCACACUCUCCUUGAGCGCUAUUUGUACGAACGGGGAACUACAGGGAGGAGGAGUUUAUUUCCUGGUAUCUAGAUCUCUCGGCGCGGAACUCGGUGCGUCCGUAGGGAUCAUAUUCGCGUUCGCCAACGCUGUGGCGGCAAGCAUGAACACCAUUGGCUUCUGUGAUUCCCUCAACGAGUUACUCAAGUCUAAGAACAUGACAAUUAUAGACAAUGGUCCCAAUGACACCAGGAUAGUCGGUGCGAUAGCUCUUUUCGUCAUGUGCAUUAUUUGUGCUGUUGGUAUGGAUUGGGAAACCAAAACACAAAAUUUUUUGAUAACUAUAAUAGUUACUGCAAUAAGUAACUACAUACUGGGUGCGAUCCUUGGUCCAACAACAGAUGAAGAACUAGCUCAAGGAUUCGUAGGGCUCAGUGUGGACAGAGCUAAAGCGAAUUGGUUGCCGGACUACCGGUUCAGCGAGGGCGAGUUCUACGGCUUCUUCAGCGUGUUCGCGAUAUACUUCCCCGCGGUGACCGGGGUGCAAGCCGGCGCCAAUAUAUGUGGUGAUCUCAAGGACCCAGGGACUGCCAUUCCUAAGGGCACACUCAUAGCCCUCGGUAUAUCGAUAACGACUUACCUGGUGAUGGCAUCUCUGUCCGGCGCGGGGGCAUUGCGUGACGCGUCCGGCGUUGUGAACGAUCCAGCGGUCGACAGCUGCAAACCCAACUGUCCAUACGGUCUUCAUAACAACUAUCAAAUAAUGCACCUGAUGGCGUUCUGGAGCCCUCUCAUCUACGCCGGCUGCUGGGCGGCAACGCUUUCCACUGCCCUCACUAACCUGCUAUCAGUGCCCCGCUUGAUCCAGGCUCUAGGCCUCGACCGCGUAUACCCCGGACUAAUAUUCUUCUCGAAGCGUUACGGCAAACACGGAGAACCUUACAGAGGAUACGUGCUUGUUUUCUGUGUUUCAGUGUCAUUUUUGCUCAUUGCGGAUUUGAAUAUGAUAGCGCCACUGAUCACCAACUUCUACUUAGCAUCGUACGCACUCAUCAACUUUUGCACCUUCCACGCGGCCUUCUUCAAACCGAUCAGCUGGCGGCCACGAUUUAGGUUCUUCAAUACAUGGUUGUCGCUGGGGGGCUUCGUACUGUGCCUAGCUAUAAUGAUGGUGAUCAGCUGGGUGAUGGCGUUGCUCACCACGUUUAUAUUCAUCACUCUAUACCUUCUGGUAUUGUACAGGAAACCAGAAGCAAGCUGGGGCAGUAGCACAGAAGCACAACGUUAUCAAGAGACGAUCACCAGUAUAUUAAAUAUAUCACAUCGCACGGCGAAUAUCAAAUCGUUUAACCCCCAGCUGCUAGUGCUGGCGGGGAAGCCGGGGUCGAGACCUUGGCUACUCGACAUGGGAGGUCUCUUAACGAAAGUUGGAUCAUUUAUGCUCGUGGCGGAUAUUGUAACUACCAAACUGACAUUAGCUGAGCGACAAAAAAGACGCCUUGCGGCUGAAGAAAUCUAUCGCAAGGAAAAGUUCCGCGCGUUUUAUAUUUUGUUGCAAGAGUUCAGCUACGAGCAAGGUAUCCUAGCUCUGUUGCAAGCCGCCGGCAUCGGCAGGAUAGCGCCGAACGUUCUACUGCUGGGCUACAAACACAACUGGACCGUCAGUUCACACGAAACGCUCCUCACUUAUUAUCGUAUGAUUCGUGCGUCCUUCAAGUUUGGGAUGUCAGUGUCGAUCUUGCGCGUGCCGUCGAACAUGCGGCUGCCUGAUUCGUUGAUGGUGGCACGCGGUGCGAACCUGGACACUAACUCUGUGGGGCGCGACGACGAGGACUCGACCAGCGUGGUCCGCGGGCCGGGUCGGGGUCCGGCGGCGGGGCCCUCGUUUGUGGACACCGGCGAGCAACCGCUCUCGCAAGAGAGCCCGCACUCGCGCGCCGUCACCGUCAUGAACUCCGACUCCGACCUCGAGAUAGACAGCCCCCUGCGCUACGUAGCCGACGACCAGAUGCCGGAAAGCGUAGGUAGUUUUGCUUACAACCUUAUAUGGCAGUACCUGUUACGUUUUUUGUUUCAAGAGUCGGCUUUAAAUAUACAUCUCAGUCAAAGUGCUGCAUCGUCCACGCAAUCCAACAAAUCCAGGAUGUCAGCCCGGCAGCUAAAUUACAAGCAUUUCAAUUUUCACAGUACCAGCGUUUUGGAUGUGUGGUGGCUGUUUGACGAUGGCGGCAUGAACAUUCUGCUGCCAUACAUAAUAGCUCGUCGAUCUGGUAAAGAGAAAAUGAAUAUGAGGGUAUUUGCUCUACCCCGGGGUAAUCAUAGAAGGACAACGGAAGACGAAGUGGCGAAACUUCUGAAGUCGUUUCGCAUCGAAUAUUCAGAACUUAUAUUGAUUGAAGGUUUAAGCGAGAAGCCAUCUGACAACACAUGGAAAUUCUUCCACAGCACAGUAAUCAACCACAGGUGUUCCGGUGACGACGAACUUCUUUUAUCGGAUACUGAAGCCAUGAGGCUACAUGGCAAGACAAGCAGAUACCUGCGUCUAAGGGAACUGUUGAUAGAAAACUCUUACGGAGCAGAUCUCAUCGUGAUGUCGAUGCCUUUCACUAGAGAGGGUACGUCAGCCACAAUGUAUAUGGCUUGGCUGGACAUCAUGAGUCACGACAUGCCGCCAACGCUGUUUGUGCGCGGCAACUCCACUGUGGUCAUCGAUGGCUGAGCAGAUUUGACUCUUAUAGUAAUAAAAAUGGUCGAUAUUACUGAUUCGAGCGCUAGGUUGCUCAAUAUAUGAUCGUGUAUACGAUCAAUUAUGCUGUAAAGAUAAAUAAUUUUAUGGUCACUGUGACUCGGAAGUUUAUUCUAAAGAAUCAGAACAUCAAAAACCAUAUAAACUGUACAAUGUAAUGUAUCUACAUAUGUUAUUAUGUAUUAUACUGGAGUUAAAAAUAAAACUAUUCUUUUAAAUAUA